GUAAAAACCCACAUCAUGAACUUUAUGCGCGUACUUGCCGUUAACUCCCUGGUAGACUUCUAUCCGGUGUGGCUCCGCACAGUCAUGGCCUGCGUACCAUUCACGGAAGUAGCAAAGAUACGAAAAAAACUGGCUUUUGCUCGCAAAUUUAUCAGUGCUCGGGUUAUGGAACACCGCGAUACCUUGGAAGAGGACACGACUCGCGAUUUCAUUGACGGAUAUCUCAAGCAAAUGAUGGACCAAAAGGACAACCCUAAUUCGCAUUAUCGGGAAUGCCAUCUAAUAGGUUGCGCCCUGGAUUUCUUUGCGGCUGGUGUUGCUGGAGUACCCCUCGCGAUUCAUUGGCUGCUGCUCAUCUGCGCCCAGAACCCGUACAAAGUGCAGUCCAGGAUUCACGCUGAAAUCGACCGUGUUGUGGGUCGCGAAAGACAGCCCGCUUGGAAGGACCGACUGGAGAUGCCCUUCACCAUGGCAAGCAUCUGGGAGCUACUACGAUGGAGGAAGGAGGGUCUACUAGGCUUUCCCAGAGGAGUGAAAGAAGACAUACUUCUGGAGGGGUUUCUCAUUCCAAAGGGCACAGUGGUCCUUCCGAACACUACGGCGAUGAAUCGGAAUCCCUAUUACUGGAAACGACCGGAAGAAUACGAUCCCACCAGAUUUCUAACACCCGAUGGCACUGAACUCCUUGAAAAGCCAGAAUAUUUUAUACCGUUCUCAUUCGGUAAACGAAUGUGUCCCGGGGAGUCACUGGCCACAGUCCAGCUAUUCCUGUACGCGACCUGUCUGAUGCAAAAGUACUGCGUCCAGCCCGAAGAAGGCCGACAGCUUCCCUGCCUCGAUCCUCUCGUUACAGAUGGAAAUGACCCUGCCGUUCAGAAGUUGCGCUUUAUCCCUCGAUAA